AUGGCAAAACCAGGCGACCAGACAAGUCGCUAUAAUCGACUAGUCAUUGCUUUCGUUGCCCUGGGAUCGACAACAUAUGGGUAUGGUGCAUCUGUCAUCGGCAGCACCAUCGGGCAGCCUGGCUGGUACACCUUUUUCCAGCUUCCACGGCACGGCGAGCCUGGCUACGGCACUAUAACGACGCCCGUAAUUGCCACAGCCAAUGGCAUCUUCAGCGCGGGAGCUGCCGUCGCUUGCCUUGUCCUCAUGUGGUCCGGCGAUUGCUUUGGCCGAGUACGAAAUAUUCAAGCGGGUUGCUUGCUGGGCAUCCUCGGCGGCGUGCUCCAGGGCGGUGCCGUCAAUUUGGCCAUGUUACAAACAGGCCGCUUCAUCAUGGGAACUUCUAUCGGAAUAAUGGCCACCAUGACGCCCAUGUACUUGUCUGAGAUGUCGAGUCCUCUAUCCAGGGGCUGGCUGGUGGGACAACAUGCCAUCUUCCUCGUCUUUGGCUACAUGCUCUCGGCCUGGAUUGGCUAUGGCCUCUAUUUCUUGCCCAAUACCUCGUUCAGUUGGCGCUUUCCUCUUUGUUUCCAAGUCUUCUUCCCACUCGUUCUCCUGGCUGGAUCGCCUUGGGUGCCCCCUUCGCCUCGCUGGCUGAUUUCCAAGGGGCGCCACGACGAGGCUUGGGGUGUUCUCGUGCGUCUCCGCAGGUCUAGUGAAGAUCCAGACGAUCUUGUGGCCAAGAAAGAGUUCCGUCAAAUCAAGGAACAGCUAAAACUUGACCACGAGAAGCUGUCCGCUUGGGGAGGUAGCCCCUGGAAAGCAGUAUUUGCCAAGAAGAGCUACCGCAAGCGUAUGAUCAUUGGCUUCCUGACCCAGUGGGGUGCCGAGUUCGGUGGUCCCCUCAUCAUCAACAACUACUCUGUCAUCCUAUAUCAAGGGCUUGGCCAGACCAGAUCAAUGCCGCUGCUUCUAUCCGCCCUCUGGCUAACAACCGCCGGUGUUAUAUAUAACCCUGGCGGGGCUUGGCUGCACGAUAAGUUGAAUUCCCGUAGAUGGAUGUUUAUGACGGGUUUCACAGGUAUUGCCAUUACCACUUCUGGCUUGACAGCUAUGAUUGCAUGCUUCGCCGGCACCGACAACAAGGUCGGGAACGCCAUGGGCGUUGUCUUCAUGUUCCUCUACCUAUUCUUCCAAGGCACCUUUUGCGACACAACCAUGUACAUCUACGUGUCCGAGAUCUUCCCUACCGAGAUCCGAUCUAUUGGCAUGGGGUGGUCCCUUUUCGGACAAUUUUCCUCCACAAUUAUUCUGUUGCAGACUGCCCCGAUUGGAUUUGCUGCCGUCGGGUGGAAGUACUUCCUCUUGGUUAUCUGCUGGAGCGUCGUCUUUGUCCCCAUUAUCUACUUUUACUUUCCAGAAACCGCACGGAUGAGUCUUGAAGAGCUUGAGAAACAGUUUGGUGACGAGGUCGCUGUGCAUGAUACCACUGCUUUAGGAACAGAGGAACACAGUGAGCAAUAA